UCCUUACUCAUGUGUCACAUUUAAGAUUAGACUGUAAACUCUUGGCGGCAGGAGUCUUAUCAAUUGUUUUGAAAAGCACCUAGUACAAUGCUAGGCACUGCAGAAUUAACUAUUCACUGGUGAACAGGAGCAACAAACAAGGGAGUUUUCUGAGGGACUUCUCCAGGUGAAGGAGGAGUCAGGAGAGACUACGUGAUCUUUGAGGUGAGGCUCUCUGUUUGUUGUAGCUGUGCAGUCCCAGGAUACUAGAGAGACACGGUCCUCCAGGACACGGCAGCGUACCGUCCUUUUAGUGGUCAUCAUGGUCCUGAUAGUGACAAUUGUUGCUGUGCUGUCUGCUGUGCUGCUGGCAAAUGGAAUGAAAGAGACUAGCAUGGAGCUGCUACAGUGGAAAGGCAGAGGGACCACUAAAAAUCUGCAAGAAGUCAUCCUCGGGAGGUGUUAUAAUUACAUCACAACAGUGAACCCUGAGCUGAGAGACAAAGAUUGCCAAAAAAUAUGGGAAAAAAUGCAAAAGGCGUUUAUUUACAAGAACCCAUGUAAUAUUACAAUAGAAGAUUAUCAGCCGUUACUGGAUUUGGCGAGUCAUCCUAUCCCCUGUAACAAGUCAUUAUUUUGGAGCAAGACAAGUGACCUUGUUCAUCGUUAUACAAAAACCAAUCACAAUUUCCUCACUCUGGAGGACACCUUGCUGGGCUAUAUGGCUGAUGGAAUCUCAUGGUGUGGAAACCCUUCUAGUCCAGGAAUUAACUAUGAAUCUUGUCCAAAAUGGAGUGAAUGCGAGAGCAACCCUAGUUCUGUGUACUGGAAAAUGGCAUCCAAGAUGUUUGCAGAAGAAGCAUGUGGUGUGGUUCAGGUGAUGCUCAAUGGAUCAAUAGAAGCUGGAGCAUUCAGAAGUAACAGCAUUUUUGGAAGUGUUGAGAUCUUAAACUUAGACCCAGACAAAGUUUCUACAGUGCAGAUUUGGCUUAUGCAGAACAUCGGUGGACCUCCAAGUGAGUCCUGCACGGGUCGCUCCAUAACAAGGUUAAAAAGCAUCUUAGAGGAACGAAACUUGCAUGUCUCCUGUGAGGACAAUUAUAGGCCAGUUCAGCUGCUUCAGUGUGCGAAUGAUCCUGACCAUGCAGACUGCAGACUUUGCACCAAUAGUGUACAGUGAAACACACAAUACUCCACUUGCUUAACUGUGUAUGAUACUGAACAAGAAUAUGUGUAUAGAAUACUAUAUAGUAUAAAUGUGUAUACAAACACUGUAUGUUACCAGAAAACCUUGCUGUGGCUGCAACACUCAUAGAUGAAUGAAAGGAGAUGAUAUUUUAGGUGCGGUUACUGUACACACACACACACACACACACUUCCAACCUCUUCAGCCUGAGGGCCAAACAUAUUAUUUCAGAAAGGUCAAAAGGACCACAAUAAGUGGUUUGGGUCAGAUUCUCAGCCCUGCUCCCUCUCUUUACACAGCACAGGUGGUGCAAAGGGAACAGAAGCCCCUGUUGGGGAUUCCCUGGGGUAGGGAAUACAUUGGGAAGAGCCAUAGCCAUUUCUUCCCUUCCUUCCGGCACACAGGGGAGUGUGGGAGGAGGGAAGGGGAAGUGGCUGGAACAGCUGUGCUUUGGCUGUCCUCAGUGGGAAUGUGUUUCUUAGAAGACUGUUGCCAAAUGGUACAAGUUACAGCAGCCCACAAGCUACUCUGAACCGUACCAGGGCAGGAAGAGACCUAAUCAGUUACAGUUGUCAGCUUCUCUUUUCCUCUCUCUCAGGUUGCCCUGUCUAGUUGUGUGAGGGAGGGCAGUCUUCCAUUGCUAGGCACUCCCUUAAGUCUGGCACAGCCAGUUGAGGUUCUCUCCUCUUCUCUCUGGAGCGCCCAGAGCCUGGAAGGGAAGCCUGCAACAGAAAAGGCAAAACUACUCUCACCUCCCUACCCAGCAUUGCAAUAGGUGGCCAACAGGGAAGCUGCUGAGCAGCUGCUGCUAAGAGAAAGCAACUCUCAGAACACUUCCAGCUCACACCAGACCUACACCUGAGGCUGCAAGAGAGGAGGUGGGAGACAGCUGGGGAGGAGAGAGCAACAGGGCCCAUUCCAGCUCUUCCAUUUAAAAAUCACUGGGCACAGCUCUGGGAACACAUUUUCAGUUCAGAAUCAAAUAUAACAUUUUCUUCUUAGCAGUCACCCUCACAGUCUACAAAGUGGCCUCCAUGGACUUGGACACCACUGAGAUAGAGACAGACAGGAAGAUCCCAAAAUAAGUAGUCUCUGCUUAGCUUCUGAAGUUGAUGGUGACAUCUUUGUAGCAUACAAUUUCCAAGCACACAUACACAUAAACUGUAAUAGUUUUCUUAUAUUUCUUUUUUGCUGUCAUGAUACUCAGAUUCAGAUGAAACUGAAGACUUAGGGCCAGAGUCUGGCCUUGACUCUCUUCAUUUUGUGCUACUCUAAUGACACAAAGGAAGAGAGCUGGGGCUUUCCUGAAAUAUGGAAACCCCCAGGUGGUAUAAUACUAGUAUAGCCAGCAAUUUGUCACUCAUUUAGGCACGGGGGGGAGGGGGAGGGGAGGGCGGUGUUCAUGGUGCAGAUUGGUAAUUCCUAGCCAGGUCUGUGACUGGGAAUGUUUACAUUAAGCAGAAUUUUAAUUUUCUAAUUGCACUCUGAUAUGUGGUUACUGUGAUUAACUCAGACAUAUAUCAAUAACUUUAAUUCUGUUAUUUCUGACAAGAGGGUUGGAGAGUUUAAUAUUGGCUUUUGAACAUAUUUUGUCAUAAUACAAAAUGUUGAAUGUAAAAUGGUAAUGUACAAUAAAAUCGCUGAUGGUUAAUGUUCCUAA